UGUUGAAGGUAUUUGCGAUGCCCACAAUUUGAGUCAACAACUUCCCCCCCUCUCUCUCUUUAGUCCUCUUCUUUGACGAGCUUAAAAAUGUCCGACUCCCCAUUUUCCUUCACCCACCUUCGUUCUACAUACCCACCACCACAGCACCAAGAACAGGGCAAGCCAGAGCUCUAAAGAAACAGAGCAAAACCCCCCCAAGAACAGAGCAGAAGCAAUCCAAUUCGGACAAAUGGGUUUCUUAAAGGAAGAGAAAUCGAAGCGUUUAUGGAGAGGAAUCAAGACCCUUUUCUUCUUAAUCACCAUGUUGAUUUCCCUUCUCCUUUUCUCUGCCCCUGUUCUUCUCGUUAUUGCCGAUGCCCUUCUCUCUGCUUCUCUUUACCCUUACUCUUUUUCCCUCAACUCCCUCCCUUCCCAUCUCAAAAACUACGAUUUUCGAUCCUCCCUUAUCGAUAUCCCCCUGAUUUCAUUCGCCAGAUCCGCCAUAAUUAUUUGUGUUUAUAGCUUUUGCGAUGGACCCAGGCUCUCACGAGGGCCGUAUUUGGGGAUCACGACGUUUUGUUCUGUGAUUUCUUUGGUUUAUGUUUCGUUGAAGGCUUCGUUUGUGUUUGAUGGUGGCUUGUCGGAUAUCCGUCGAGGAGGAGGGUAUGCGAGAGGCAUGGAAGUGGCUUUGUUUAUGUGCUCUUUGGCUUUGGCUGUUGGACAUGUCGCUGUGGCGUAUAGAACGAGUUGCAGAGAGAGGAGGAAGCUUCUGGUUUACAAGAUUGAUAUCGAAGCGGUUUCGGCUUGCAAUAGUGGUUUUCCUAGGUACCAAAAGAUUCUUCAAGAGGAAAGAGUGAAGUAAAAACACCAUCUCAGGAGAUCAAAGCUUGUUUCCAUCUAACUUGUUUCACCCCAGUCUUCAGAUUCAGAUUUUUAGGUAAUGACUUGAAAUCAGUGGUUUUGGAGAUUCUGGAGGUGCAAAGCUUACUAACAUCUUAAUGUUGUCCGUAAAUUUGUUUUUGUGAUAUAGAAACAUACGAUAAAUUUACCUCAUAUUUAAGCAUCAAGUUUAUGUGAUGUAAAAUGUAUAGUUUGGAUCCGAACAAAUAAAAUGGUAAAGAACCUUUUGUGAUCUUA